AUGGGCCUCUGGUCCAAGGCCCUGCACCAGAUCCUCCAACCGCGACGACACGUCCUUGUCGAACCUGAGUUGAAACAAUACACAGAUAGCCUAGGGCCUCUGCUCCACGGCGCCGGGUCAAGGUAUCGACAUGCUACCAACCUUGAGGAAGCGUUUGAUUCUGAGAAGGGACUCCUCUCCGAAUAUGCCACGGGGAAAGCUGCUUCACCGGGAAAACUCCCCGAAUUCAAUGAGUCGCUGUUGAUGACGGUCAAUUUCUCUAGCCGGAGAGUAUCCCAAGGCGCUUACUUCGGCUCUCUUGGCAAGAAGUUCUUUGACGAUUUGUUUUUCUCCCUCUUCUCAAAUCAGGCUGGCCGCAGUCUCUUCCGUUAUGGUCUGAUUCGGAUAUUGGCAUGGAUCCCUGAGGAGAUGGGUAAGGAACCAUUUGUUCCGCGGACCGUCUAUCGUCGUUUCAAGCAAACAAUCAUACUCGAAGCAAUGGCAGACAUCACCGAGGUCGCCGGUGUUCCCGGAGGCUUUGGUACCACCAGGUACAGAAGAUGGCCUGAACUCGAGCUGGAAGAGCAUGCUGCCAUAAAUGCCCGCACAAGAGAGAAUCCUGCCCUUCAGAUACCAAAGUCGAGACAGGAUAAGCCGCCUGCCCCAGAUCUCCGUAGCAUUAACCCCACGCCGCACAAUCUCAAGAACUUGCCCUUCUCAACCGAUGCACUCUGGAUCCCUGAUUUCCUUCGGAUAUUAGAGCGCCUGAAGAAGGAAGAGCCGGCCUUCUAUCGCACUCAUGCCCAUGGACGGAUACCUGGUGAAAUGCGCUAUAAAACUCCAUUGCAAAGACAAUGGGCAGCCUACCUGAGAGAAGCCAGUACCAAACAUAGGACGCAUAUGAGAGCAGUCGAGGUCGUCAAUGAGGGAAGGCAGCUGAUUAGCGAUUGGAAGGCUGCUGUGCAGGAUGCCCAUGGUCAACCCCUCGACCCGGCUCUUGAACAACAGCUUCGACGCCGUGGCGAUGAGAAUCACCAGAAAAUACAAGCCAUGUUUGAGACAAAUAGGAUCUGGGCUCAGAAAGCUCUUGACGACUGCCGAGCUGCCGACAUGUCGCCACCUAUACUUUUCUGGUCUCGACGGGAAACAAAUCCCCUAAUCGUGCGUGACGGCGAGUUUGAGCCAUCAAGCCGACACAUGGCCCUCUUGGACGUGGUCCCACACUCCAACCUGCUGACGAAGCUCGAUACGCACGACAAGAUGGUGUGCUUCCGACACGUCAUGGCCACACUCUCCAAUUGCCUCUCAUAUUCAAUACCCCAGGCGGCGAAAAUGCUGGUCCACGAUGCCGGUGUCGAAGAUUUCCUCAAGACAAUCCAUGGCAUACAUGAUCCUACCAUGGGAGGAUGGUAUGGUUUGACGCAAUUGAGGUUGAGAGCUCUACCCGCAGAUAUGUUUGUUGAGAUUGCAUUGGCGUACGAGAGGUGGCCUUUCCGCCCUCGAACCGAGACUAUGCUACUGGCAGCUCCUGACUCGCAGGCCACAUAUAGUGCCGAAGAGGACAAUAUCAAGUGA